AUGCCGGGUCGUCAGGCACAUGGAAGGCCGCUUCUGGCCCAGCCCAAGGCCAAAGCCGGCCCCAAAAAGUCCAAGUCGAGGGCGCAGGCGAAUGCGCUGAAUGCCUUCAACAUUGCGCAGGAGAGGUUUCCCACAAAGGAGAAGAAGACGCCUCGAGCACGAGAGCUGGACGCCGAGAUUGAGAAGAAGCAUGCGCGAGACGACGAAGACGAGGAUGAAGAGGACGAAGAGGAGGGCCCUAGGCGAAAGAAGGUCAAGGCCCCCAAACGCGGUGCGACCACGGAUGGCGAUGUCGAGUUUGGCAGCGACAGCGAAGGAAAUGAGUGGCAGCUCGGCGGACUGGCGGACGACGACGAUGACUCCGAGAUUGAGAGUGAGGAUGCGUUUGGCGACAGCGACAACGAGAUGUUUCAGGGCUACACCUUCCGUGGCUCCAAGUCCGGCAAACGCAAGGAUGACGACUCGGACGACUCGGACGAUAGUAACGACGAUCUAGGAGAGACCCUUGGUGAAGAGGCCAUCGAUUUGGCCACAGCUCUGGAUCAGUUUGAGGAGGAAUCCGAAGAAGAGCCAGAGGGCGAAGAAGGAUCCGAAGAAGAAUCGGAGGAAGACGACGAUUCCGAUGAGUCUGGCGGAUCUGAUGAUGAUGACGACGACGAUGUUGAAGACGACAGCGACGAGGAGGCCGAUCCCGAGAAACUGAAAGAGCUUAAAGGUCUCAUAUCCGGUUUUGGUGGCGAAGCAGACGACGAUGAUGAAAGUAGCAAGCCUUCAUCCAACCAGCAGAAGAUCGACCUUGGCGAUCUCGGACUCUCUGGACUGAAUGACCCCUUCAUGAAGCAGUCAGUCAAGCUCCUGAAGAAGGAAUCAAAGGAGACGCGACCCGGUGCGGCGAAGAAGCUGGCUGUGCCGCUGUCGCGGAGAGAACAGGGGCGUCUGGACCGAGCGGUUGCCUACGAGAAGACGAACGAGACGCUUGAUCGAUGGACAGAGACUGUCAAGCAGAACCGCAGAGCCGAACACCUGAUAUUCCCCCUUCCGCAGGAGUCAGACUCAUAUGGUCUUGAUCGAUCAGAGCUUCAGCCCCUGUCAUUGAAGAGCGCCGCCAAUGAGUUGGAGUCGACAAUCAUGGGCAUCAUGGAGCAGAGCGGGCUAUCCUUGGAAAAGGAGAAGAAGCCCAAGAAGCAGGAGUUUGAUGAGGAGGGCAACCUUCUCACGCGGAAGCAGGUGCUGGAAAGGAAGCGCAUCGAGCGAGAGAUCAAUUCCCGAGAGGCGAAGCGCGCAAAGCGCAUCAAGAAGAUCAAGAGCAAGGCCUACCACCGAGUGCACCGGAAGCAGAGGGAGCGCGACGAGAUGGCCACCAAGGAGGCCAUGGCCGAGGCCGGCGAGAUUGAUUCCGAGGAAGAAAGGGAGGCGCAGGACCGGCGCCGCGCCCUGGAGCGCGUGGGCCAGCGCCACAAGGACAGCAAAUGGGCCAAGAUGGGGUCUAAGGCGAAGCGCGCCGUUUGGGACGAUGAUUUCCGGUCCGGCCUGACGGAGAUGGCUCGCAAGGACGAGGAGCUGCGCCGCAGGAAGGAGGGCAAGAGCUCAAGGGCGGCAGGGGAUGAUUCGGACGAGACCAGCAGCUCGGGAUCCGACUCGGACGACGACGACGUUGCCAAGAUACGGCGACAGCUGGACGAGCUGGAGCAGGACGACGACGAGCCCCAGUCGAGGCUGAUGAAGAUGAAAUUCAUGCAAAAGGCGGAAGCGGCACGGAAAAAGGCAAACGACGACCUCAUCCAGGAGAUUCGCAGAGAGCUGGACGGAGAAGAAGCCCAAGUGUCUGCCGACGAAGAGGAAAAGGGAGGCGAAAUCGGCCGGAGGCAGUACGGCAACGGAGCCGCCAACCCCUUCUCCAUGCCGCAGGACAGCAGCAGCAGCAGCAGCAUCGCGCGAGAGGCCAAAGAGAAGCGAAGCAAGGAGGCCCGCAAGGAGCGGGAAGAAACGACGUCUUCCAUCGCGGGCGCUUGGUCGCAGGGCGAUUCUCGUAGGAAGAAGUCUUCUUCGGCACGAGCCGACGACCUCGAUCUCAACGCCAACAUUCUCACCGCCUCCUCCUCCUCCCAACCAUCUAAACCAAAGACAAAAUCCUCCUCCUCCCACCCCAAGACUCCUAAGACCUCACGCCCUCAAAAUGACGACGACGACGACGACGGCGAUACCUCAUCCGACGACGACUCGGACGCAGACUCAGAGAACAGGCUCCCGCUGGCCAUCCGCGACAAGGCCCUCGUGGCGCGCGCCUUUGCAGGCGAAGACGUCGUCGCCGAGUUCCAGCGCGAAAAGGACGAGAUUGCGGAAGCCGACGACGACAAGAUCAUUGACAACACGCUGCCCGGGUGGGGCUCGUGGGUGGGCGAGGGCAUCAGCGCGCGGGAGAAGAAGAGGCAUCAGGGACGCUUCCUGACAAAGGUUGAGGGCAUCAAGAAGAAGGAUCGCAAGGAUGCCAAGUUGGACAAGGUCAUAAUCAACGAGAAGCGCGUCAAAAAGAACGACCGGUAUCUUGCUUCCCAGCUGCCCUUCCCAUUCGAAUCGAGACAGCAGUACGAACGGGCUUUGCGUCUGCCUGUCGGACCGGAAUGGAUGACCAAGGAGACGUUCCAGGAGAACACGAAGCCGAGGGUCAUUAUCAAGCAGGGCAUUAUCAAGCCCAUGUCGAAGCCUACUGCGUAG